AUGGAAGAAAUUAUGCACCGCUUUGGAGUGCCUAAUAGAAUCAUAACCAACCUUGGUGCGCAGUUCACAAACUCCGAGUUCUGGGAGUUUUGCCAAGACAACCUCAUCGACGUGUACUACUCCUCAGUAGCGCACCCACGUUGCAAUGGUCAGGUUGAAUGCGCAAAUGGGAUGGUCCUCCAGUCCCUCAAGUCACGCAUCUUUGACGACGCGUCCAAAUACGCUACCAAGUGGCUACGCGAGUUACCCCAUGUCGUCUGGGGCCUAAGAACACAGAAGAGUCAGGCUACCGGCUACACUCCUUUCUUCAUGGUUUAUGGCUUAGAAGCCGUCUUGCCAUCUGAUGUGGCCUUUGGCACCCCGCGUAUCCAAUACUACGAGGAGGGCGAGGCAGAAAAGAGUCAGCAGGUUGACAUUGAUAGCCUUGACAAACAUCGUGUGGUGGCCCUCAUCCAGCACGCACACCAUGAGCAACAGAUACGGCGCUUCCGCGACCGUGUGGUGACGAACUAA